CCUUAGUUUUAAAAUUGACACUCAUUAUAAUUUGUGCGAACUGGUUUAUAUACGUUAAAUGAUAUUUAAUUUCGACCAUGUCAAUGUUGAAGAGACUUUGGUCGAGCACAGAGAAAAACGAGAAACGAAAUAAAGAAGACCAUGUAGAAGAGAUAAAGGAAGUGCAGCCAUAUAAUCCGUUCACAGAACUGCUCUUCCUAGAGCAUCACAAGGAUAUUGUGAAUCUGCUAAUAAAGAUCGAUUCAAAAAGAUGUGUCACAGCAGCUGAUGACUGCCUUGCAAUAGUGUGGGAUAUACAGUUUGGUUAUAGACUAGUGACCCUUUGUGGCCAUUCUCGACCCAUAACACACAUGAUGCAACUUCCAAGCCAUUCACAUACACAUAGACUUGUUACAAGCUCAUCGGAUAAACAAAUACGGAUAUGGGACUUAGAUACAGGCGACUGCCUAGAUGUCUUAACAGAGCAUCAGACAUCUGUGCGGUGCCUGCUUUUGCUUGAAAACACUAAAAGUUUCUGUUCAGGGGGAGAGAACCUAUGUCUCUGGUCAAAUAAAGGGACAUUAUUGACAACAUGGACAGGGCAGGCAGAGGAAGAAAAAAACAUUAAUUUCAUGCUGCAAAUAAAGAAUGCCAGACUUAUAACUGCCAGUGAAAAAAACCUUGCUGUGUUUGUUAUUGGCGCGGAUGGUGCUCUCAGUUUAAUAAAGCAACUGCCACCUCACAGGGAACCAGUGAAAAGUCUUAUUAACAUUCAAGAGGACGUUUUUGCCAGCGCAUCACUAGAUGGCACUAUCAAACUUUGGCGAACGGACAGUCUGCUGUCGCACAGGUCCUUCAAUGUUGUUAGUGAGCCCGAGGGACCUAAUAAAACAUUCCCAUACAGCGUGCAAUGUAUGAUGUGUUUACACGAGCGUUACUUAUGUGCAGCUAUUGGGACUGGAUUUGCUAUUUAUGACACCGAUAUCGGUGAAGAGAUAUUACACAAGACCAACGCUCAUCAUUCCAAGAUAAACCAUAUUACGUUUGCAUGUGAUGGCCUAUUCCUGUGCACGGGUGCCGUGGAUGGUUCCAUCCGGCUGUGGAGCUGCGAGGAUAUCAUUCGGGACAGUCUUGUCGGAAGCCGCGGAGAGGCGGCCAAGAUCCUCCAUCAGACCGGCUCAAACACGAGCAGAUUUUAUGACAUAUGGCCACACAUGGAUGAACUGAAAGUUUCCCUGGUGGGUGAAUGCCUGGCACACGAUGGGCCAGUACAGGCAUUAUUGAAUAGCGAUGAAGAGAGUUUAGUGUCCUGCGGCGUCGACGGGCUUGUAAUUGUUUGGAAGAAUGAGAAUAUUCAAAUGACGAAACGGAACCACGUUUUACAGACCUUGUCACCAUGCGACGGGAUAGUUUGAAUAAACAUUGGGCUUGUACUUCUUGUAUGCUGCGAUCUAUUAGUUUUAAACUACAUUUAGUUGUUUGUACUAUUUACUGUUAUUAUUAUGUUUUGUUAAAAGUAUUAAAUUGUGCAAUAAA